GUUACUCCAGAGAUGUCAGAAUCUUCCAUACCAGCUUCUGCUAGGCCUUAUCCAGUUACCACAAAGCUGAUGUGCGUAGUUUUAUAGGAUCCAGAAGUCCAGUCUCCAGGUAUCCAGAAUAUCAUUUAAUGAGCUGAUUAGUUACAGGGCAUUAUAACUGGUCAUAAUCCGGUUACUCGAGACUCGUCAGAGUCCAUACGAGUGAUUUCCAGAAUUCCUGAUAUCCAAGCAAAUAUGGAAAGUGAGCAACAGGCGAGACACACUGCCAAUAUGCGUGUGCCAGCAAUACCACAUGAUGAAAGGUAUAAAUAUCCAGAGCCGUUCCAGCCUAGCAAUCUUAAUGAAGAUGCCAUGUUCAGAUUAGAUGAGAUUAGAAAAUGCAUCAAACUUCUGCACAGUGAAGAAGAGAAGAUCCUCCAGACCAAGAAUACAACUAUCAAUAUUACAGAUAUUAGUGAGGUUCCAGUUCCUGAAAAUGAUGCUGAAAGAUAUAAUAAAGAAAUUCCAGCCAAUGAAAUCAUGCCAAGAUAUGAAUACUGUGCUCCAAAUGAACAGAAUGUAAAUAAAAAGCAUACCACAGAGUAUCGCGCUGCAUGUAAGCAGCAUGUAAAUAAAAAGCAUACCACAGAGUAUUGCGCUGCAUGUAAGCAGCAUGUAAAUAAAAAGCGUUCCACAAUGCUGCAGAAUUGUGAGUAUUGCGCUGCAGGUGAGCAGCAUGUACAAAGUGCAAAGAUGGGUCUACCACCAAACAAGCGUACCAUGAAAGAUCAUGAGUAUUGCGCUGCAGGUGAGCAGCAUGUACAUACUAGUGUAAAUAAUAUGGGUAGAUCUAGUGGAUCAAAUCUACUGGAUUUUAAUGAAAUACCCAUUCCAGAUCCAAAGCCGGACCAGUCCUUGGGUAUAAAGAAACCAUUUAGAGAUAACCAUCCAGUUACGGAGGUACUGUUACGUCCUGAUGAAGUGUCCCG